AUGAAGCAAUUCGAGGCAGCAGUUCGAGCAGCGGCAGGUGAAGGUGUGCCGCCCCUCGAAGUUACACUGGCAGAAAGAGAAGCUGUAGACUCCAGUCAACUCAACAACUUGUUCAUCGAAAGUCCCAGAAGACAACCUCCAAGAGCGCGCAAGCCUCCUGUAGUGCAGUCAGACUCAUCUUUGUCUUCUUCUGAGGAAGCAGAGUUGACGGAUGACUCAUUAUUUGAUGAGAUCACGAUGACCUCAAAGAAGACAAAGCACAAGUCAACUAGUGCAGAUGGCGCUGGUACUGAGCGCCGGCCACGUCGAAAGUCAGCUCAGUCAGCCAGUGAAGCACUGAAACGUGCUACAACCACUCCGAAGCGGAAGUCAGCUACUAAGCCGAGCCCAGCUAAGCCUUCGCCAUCGGAAUCAAAUCCACAUUCUCGAACCGGACAUGUCGACCCGGUCCCCACGCAACGGAGGGCGAGUACCACCAGUGAGCUUGCAAGCGCCGCUACAGGUUCUACCAAUAUAACCCCGGCCCGCGCAAAUCCCGGUACUGCGAAGAGAUCGGUCUCAUUCACUACGCAGGUCAGUCCUAGUAAUGUCACAUCCGAUACAGGAAAGAAUGGCGCCAUCAAGUUCACGAACCAACCGAAACCUCCGCCUCGUCAGAUCUCUGAAUUGAAUAAGACCCAUUUCCGCAACCUUAAAGGACGAGGGGCGGCGAAUAAGAAGUCUGCCAGGGAGGGUACACCUGAUCCUUCGGCUCUACAGAUUGUCAACGCCCCACCCGGUACCACUAUCUCGCUCCCGCGCGCACCACGCGAUGAUCUAUACGGUCGUCGUGAGCCUAGCCAUAGGCGACCCACAGAAGACUCCAACAGCGACGUUCGCCCAAGCCGACAGUCUACUGACGGUAACCUACCGUUGGAAGACUGGGAAUCCCACAAAGUCCCCUUAUGUAAUUACGCUCACUACAACACUGGGUGGAUGAAGCACACUGAUCCUAAAGUUCCCGAUGUGCGAAUUGAUCCUGAGAAGCGGCCGGAGUUCAAUGGUGGAGAAAGUCAGUCUGGUGACAAGUUCACCAAGAAAGCGUUGGCACCGAACCAACUUACGUGCUGGUACUGGAAAAACACUCAAUGUCGUAAGUCCGACCAGGAUUGUGCCUUCCAACAUUAUGAUACUGGUAUCGUCGCGGAUGGGCCACAUGGUUCUCGUCAGAAGCCUGUUCGACCGGCGGAUGGGUCUGAUGAAUCUGAUGCGUCUGUCCAUAUGGACAUCGAUGAUGUUGCUCAGCCGGACGUUGCCGAUGAAGUAACACGCUCCCCUUCUCCCAUGCCACUCGAACAACCGCAACAACCGUUCCAGCCGCCACCUCCUCCACCUCCACCCAUGGAAUUCCCUCCUGUCGAUAUCAGAUGCACAGAGCUGCAAGAGAGAAUAAGCGCAGUCAGUAAGCUCGACUUCGAAGACAUGUUUGCGACCAACGAUGGUGAAACAACCAUCGAUCCGGUAGAAAGGAGGGCUUUCUUGUUCUUUCACCCUGAGGAUCACUUUGUGGAGUUUGAAAUCAUCACUCGAUGGCUCUUGAUGCAUCAUGUCCAAGUCAGCAGUGCGAGCUAUGCAGGCGGAUGGGCAGAUUUUCAGCAACAAAUCCUGAAAGGAGGCACGGGUAUCAUUAUCGCACAUCCCGACUUUGAGUACUUCACAAGUAUCCCCGGAUUCGGCCAAGUCCUCCGUAGAGGAGUGCGUCUCUGGUCGGUCGGGCUUCAACCAGGUAUCGAAUACGACUACGCUUCAGACGAGACACCUGUGCUCCGGAAUGAUCGCAUUGAGAUAUUUCCUGUUGGUGGAUUCAUCUACAUCACGGACGAAGUCUUCGAAGCGAUGCCAAAAUAUGCGCUGUGUAUCAUCAAGCUCUUCUUGGCGAAAAUCAAGAAGCUCAAGGAACUCGCAGGUCCAUCAGCUCAUUGGCCAGAGAUCGUCGAGAACAGCUUGCUCUGGCGUCUUUGUGUCCGCCCGGAAUUGAUGGAGCAUCUGUUUGCCUACUGUGAAGACCAAGCAACAGAGCUCCAGGCUGGGGAUCCUGAUGUACAAAGUGCCGCGGAGCUCUACUCUCUCCUCACAAACCCCAACUACAUCGAGCAAGACAGUCCCGACGCCCCCUUCAGCCUAAAAGCCGACAAACACCCCAUCCUCUCCGAGCGCCGUGCGAUCGCAGAAUGCGAACCCGUCGACUAUUUCAACACGCUCAAACGUAGCCAGCAAGCCGCCAAUCGGAACAUGAUACGCUACUACGCUGGACUGCAAGUCGAUAUGCGCCGCGACUACCGCCACUUCUACGUCGUGCACACCGAACCGACGGCGCCGUAUGUGAAGGAAUGGAAGCAGGAAAUCCAGACUAUUGCUGAAGUCAUCACACCUGGGCAGUGUAUCAAGGAGUUCAAGAAGAGUGGGCAGGAUAGCAUGUUUAAUUUCUUCGAGGACGUAAUGGCAGGGGAUGUGGGUGAGAAGGGAGCGGACAAGGACGGUGACGCGACGCGCACGGGCUAG